UCGGUGCCUCACCUUCGCCUCUCAUUCUUAACGUACCCUUUUCAGUUUCCAGACAUACACAGCACAACACAACACAAACCAGAAAACAGGACAGAAAAAAAAUAAAACAACUGAAUUGAAGGGAGUGAGAAAUGACAGUAGUUUCUUCUCUUUCUCUCACUCACUUGCAUUCCACAUUUCUAUGUUGUCCUCUAAAAUCCUUAAAGCCUUCAUCUAGAAAUAGAAUUCAAGCAAAACCCACAUCUUAUCCACGUAUUAGAGCUUUGGAGCUUGAUCAAAACACGGUGGUGGCUAUAACUGUAGGUGUUGCGAGUGUGGCUCUCGGGAUUGGCAUUCCAGUGUUCUAUGAGUCCCAAAUCGAUAGUGCUGCUAAGCGAGACAACACCCAGCCCUGCUUCCCAUGCAAUGGAUCUGGUGCUCAGAAAUGCAGAUUUUGCUUGGGAACUGGCAGUGUAACAGUUGAACUUGGUGGGGAUGAGAAGGAGGUCUCUCGGUGCAUAAAUUGUGAUGGUGUUGGCUCACUGACAUGCACCACUUGUCAAGGAUCUGGAAUUCAACCUCGAUACCUUGACCGCAGAGAAUUCAAAGAUGAUGACUGAGACAAGCUAAGAAUAAGUGGUGCUGAUUUUGGAUUUAAUCAUGAGGUUAAUGUACUCAUUUGAUUUUUUUGGGUCUGUGUACACGCCUAACACAACUGUCAAAAUCAUGUUGAUGAUCUUUCAUUUGGUUUACCUUUUAAUGGGUGAGUUAGGCCACUUCCUCUUGUGACCUAUCUGUGUAAAAUUUUGGCACUUCCAGACAUUAUUUUAUUCAAUCAUUCAAUGUCCUGUUGUAAACAUUGGACUUUGUUGGCUAUAUGUUCCCAGGACUAAGGAACUAUAUGCCUAAAUUAUUAUUGCUCAUGUUAUUUAUAUUUCU